UUGAAUUCCGAUUCAAUAACUUUUGUCUUUAAAUUUUAACGAAUUUUUGAAUUUGAAUUUGUGCGACUCGAGCGCCAUCUACAUUGAGAUUUAUGAAACGUCUAGUGAACCACCUUGAAAGUACGUCACCUGAGUAAUAUUUACAAACAAUGAGCUGAAGAAAUAGUGCCAAGAGUUUGUGUCAUUUUAGAAGUCAACUUUUAAAAAGAUGGCACCAGUACUUCGUACUAAAAAGUUACCUGAUACAAGUGACAAUAAAAGUGGAAAAAUUCAACAAUUGUCAUCAAAAAUAAAAGUCAAACGUAAAAAUAAAGUUAGUGCCGAAGUAAAACAACAUCGUUUGGAACAAAAACGUAUUGCUGAAAAAUUAAGGAGAGAAAAAAGACGGAACGAUCCAGAAGCUUACAAAAAUUACUGUCAGAGUGAAAGAGCAAGAAAUGAAAAAAGGAAAAAGGAAGGAAAACUCAAGUCAAUUGAUCAAUUAUCAGAACGAGAAAAGCGAGCUCGUCGCAAACAACAAAAUUUAUGGAAAAAAAACUCACGGACACGGCAAAAAGAAAAUAUUGAGUUGACAAUGGAGCAAAAUAAUAUGAAUAAUAACGUUGAAUCUAAGCAAGCCAAGGUAGGAAGGAAACGAAUACAAAAAAAUCUACGUAAAUGUUUCAGAGACAAUAAAAAAUUAUUGGAUGAUAAUAAAAAUCUGCGAAUGAAAAUUAAUAGCUUACAUAAAAAAUUACAACGUUUGAAUAUCAAGAAAUCAGACUCGACAUCACCUGAGUAUAAAGUUGAUAAAAUGUUGAAUGGUCAAAAUGUGAAUCCCGAAGUUCGCAAAACAUUAAUACUUCAUCAAGUCAUGAUACAGCAACUAAAAUUAUCUUAUCAAGAGUCAAGGAGUUCAAAGUUCAAAGCAAAUAUUGGGUAGAGCAAUUUGUGGAAAAGUUGUGAAAAAAUACCGACAACUAUCUGCUAUAAGGAAAAAUGUUAUCCCUAUUAUUCCUUCAAGAGUUCAUAGGAGUAAUAAACCAUUGGAAUAUAUAAAAAAUAUGAAAAGCAAUCAAAAAUUUAUUCAAGAUCGAGUGACAAGUUUUUAUGAAGAAAAUAGUAAGAUAAUUCCUGAUAAAAAAGCUUCUAUAAAAAUGAAUGGUAAACAAGUAACAAAGCGUUAUAUGAAUGCUACGAUUAAAGAUUUACAUUCUAAAUUUUGUUCCCAAAGUACGUACAGUGUUAACUAUUCAACUUUCGCAAAAUUACGCCCGAAAUAUUGUAUUGAACCAAAAGUUACUAAUCGAAAUACGUGUGCGUGUUUCACUCAUGAAAACUUUUCUUUGUUGAUACAAGCUUUUCACAGUCAUAAGUUACUGACAGAAAAUACGCCAUAUAAAAUUUUGAAUAGUUUCUUGUGUGACAGUAAUUCUGAAAAUUGUCUUUCAAGAGCGUGUGAGUUGUGUAAGUUAAAAAAAUUGGAAUUUAAUUUAAAAGAUACUAAUCCUGUUGAUAAAAUAUCUUUCAUGAAAUGGGAAGUAUCUUCAGAACAAAGAAUAAAUGAGAAAACAAAAAAAAAAUAACUGUUAAAAUUACCUCAAAAAAGAAAAUUUCAUGUACGAUAGGGCAAGCAAUUAACCAUUUCAAUCAUGAACUGGAUUUGUUUAUAGCUCAUGAAUACAGAAUUACUCACCAAAAUAAUUCCAUGAAAAAACUUACACAGUCUCUACAAAGCAAUGAGUUAGGACUUCUCAUUGACUUCAGUGAAAAUUAUUCUUGUAAGUAUGAAACGGAAGUUCAGUCAGUACACUUUGGGGCUAGUAGAGUACAAUGUACUUUACACACUG